GACCGAUCAGCUUAUUGAAAUAUUCAAAAAUUUUCACCUCAAAACGUCAGUUUUGUCCGACGCCUUGUACGUGGUUGAACUUAUUUUUUAACUUUCAAUUAAUUUGUCAUAUUCAUUUACCAGCAAUGGCAUCUAAAGAAAAAGUGUGUAUAUUAGGAUCUGGAAACUGGGGUUCAGCAAUAGCAAAAAUUAUUGGUUCAAAUGCAGCACGUUUAGAUUCAUUUGAUUCCACUGUUAAUAUGUGGGUCUUUGAAGAACUUAUUGAUGGGAAAAAAUUGACUGAAAUCAUUAACACCACCCAUGAAAAUGUGAAAUAUUUACCUGGCAAAAAACUUCCUGAAAAUGUGGUUGCUGUACCAGAUGCUGUUGAAGCGGCUAAAGAUGCUGAUAUCUUAGUGUUUGUUGUUCCUCAUCAAUUCAUACCAAAAUUGUGCUCUAGUCUUGAAGGAAACAUUAAGUCUACUGCUGUAGCUCUAUCAUUAAUUAAAGGAUUUGAUGUAGCUGAGGGUGGUGGAAUAGAUCUUAUUUCACAAAUUAUCAAAAGACAUUUAAAAAUUGAUGUCUCGGUGUUGAUGGGUGCCAAUUUGGCCAAUGAAAUUGCUGAUGAAAAGUUCAGUGAAACAACAAUUGGAUGUAGAAACAAAACAGUUGGGCAAAUUCUUAAAAAUUUAAUUCAGACUGACUAUUUCCGUGUUUCUGUUGUUGAUGAUGUUGAAGCUGUUGAAAUUUGUGGAGCCUUAAAAAAUAUUGUUGCUGUUGGAGCUGGUUUUAUUGAUGGUUUAACACUUGGAGAUAAUACUAAAGCAGCCAUCAUACGUAUAGGUCUUAUGGAAAUGAUUAAAUUUGUUGAUACAUUUUAUUCUGGUGCUCGUCUUGCUACAUUUUUGGAAUCCUGUGGUGUUGCUGAUUUAAUCACAACAUGUUAUGGUGGUCGCAACAGAAAAGUAUCUGAAGCCUAUGUGACAUCAGGAAAAUCCAUUGAAGAACUUGAAAAAGAAAUGUUAAAUGGACAAAAACUCCAAGGGCCAAUUACAGCUGCCGAAGUAAACUUUAUGCUCAAAAAUAAAAAUAUGGAAAAUGAUUUCCCAUUAUUUACCACUAUUCAUAAAAUUUGUACUGGACAAUUAGUACCUAAAGAUCUAAUUGAACAAAUGAAAAUAAAUACCAGCAAGUCUGAUGAAAUAAAUCUGGAAAAAUGUAACUUGAAUCAAGCUGGUGGAGAAUAAUUUGGAUAAUUGUACCAAAAGUGCUAGGGUGUCUUAAUUUCUAUAUACCUAUUCACUAUUUAUAUGUUGUAUGAAUGCACAUUGAUGUCAGUUUGUUUUAUGACAUACUUGUUACCAUUAUAUUGUAGAUUAAUUUGUGUUAAUUGUUGUAAUCGUUGCACUACUUUGCACUACCUCAAAACAAAUGCACCAAUUUCAAAUGUUAUUAACUUAUAUUGUACUAAGGCAAUCAAAAUAUAGUUAUACUCAUACAUUU